GUUUCUCACACAAUUCGUGUUCGAUCAUCGUCUUAGCUAUACGUGAGACGUUAACGAUAGAUAGUGUAGCACACCAAUUACAUACAUUUUAUUUUUUUAUUUUUUUAAAGUACCGUAAAAUAAAAUAUAAGUAAAAAUGAUCAAAACUUUGGCCGUCAUCUUUUGCAUUGCCACGACCAUAGCCAUGGCAAAGCCGGCUACAUACACGACUAAGUUCGACAACAUAAACAUCGACGAGAUUUUGUCAAACGACCGUUUGGUAAACAACUACUUCAAGUGUCUUAUGGACAUGGGAAAGUGUACUCCGGACGGCGAAGAACUUAAACGUGAGCAUCUAAAACUUGAAGUUUUUAAAACUCAUAUACGCACUUAAACAUAGAUAUAUCUUGAACCUAAUAUUUAAAAUAAACUAAUUUUAUUAUUUUUCGAAGGAUUUAUAAGUGUUUUAAAAACGAAAUUUAUUUAUGUUUAAACGAAACGCCGAAGAAAUUGAGCAGAAUAAUUUAUAAUUGUUUAAGUUUGAUAAUAUUGUUUUAAAUAUUAUUUUUCCGAAAAUAGUUUAAUUUUAUUUAGAAAUUAGUUUAGACCUUCUCUCGAUUAUCCAACAAAAUAAAAUCUACUAAAACUAAAAACUUAACAAUUUCACUAAACCCAUUCUUUGUUCGUUUUCUUAUUUUUAGUUUUUACAAUAUUAUACUCUAACAGAAAUAGAAAAUAUCGAUAAUAUUAGAUUCAUCUGUUUAAGAAUUUGGUGUAAUAUUCAUCCUUUCUACCUAAAGUCAGUGGCGCGAGAGCAAUUUUUUAUACUUGAGGCAAACUAAAAAUUUAGGACCUACUUAUCCAAAACAUUGAUUUUUAUAUCUUCUAAAAAUAAUUGUUUUAUAGAAAAAAGUCUCAUUUAGUUAUAGGUUAGGUUAUCAUAUGCAUAUGUACUUAUUAUGUUUAUUAAUAAUAUAGUACGUAAAAACUAAGGGUAUUUCUGAUAUCUGAAUUAGUUAAUCAACGUUCAACAUAUUGAUUCAACAUGACCCACUUGUUUUAUUCAUGAAGCAAUUGUUUCAAAUAAACUUACUUUGGAACGCCACUGCUUAAAAGUACAUUAUUUUGGCCAACCCAACGUUUAUUCUACCAUAAAUUUAAGUACAAAUAAUAGAAAAGUACAACUUUGAUGUUUACCACACAGUUUUAGAAACAUACUGUAUUUUUUCUUUAUAGAAUCGGGUAGUUAUAUUAUUUCUAAGUGCACUAUAGACUUUUGUUUUUUGUUAUAUGAAUUAAACAAUACCUAUAUAAUUUCCUAAAAUAAUGUUAAUUUCAAUUUCGUGGCACGAUCAUUAAAUUAAUGUUUUAAACGAUGUAUACUGCUAGGCACUCCCCUCUUUUGUAUUAUAAUAUUUAUCAUUAAAAAGAUGUGAUUUGCAGACGCGGGAGUUAAAGUCCUGAACGCGGCAUUUGCUAAUACAUUUCAAUAUAUGCCUCCUGAAUUAAUGGGAACUAUAAACGAGAUGCACGGGACUAUAAAUCAGGCGUAUCAGAAAGAAGUAGAUCAACUGAAGAAAAACAAUUAAUAUUAUAAAACAAUAUUACAUUUUUCAUUCCCACAGCACAAUAACAAUUCUUUAAAUUUGGUUUUAUUAUACGUACUGAUUUUUUAAAAAUAUAUUUAUUUUCGUUGGCCAAUAAAGCAUAAAAUACUAUAUAUAUAUUAUUAUUAUUAUUAUUAUUAUUACAUGUAUUCAUUCUAUAUAAUAUAUUUGUUGAUGUACAUUUUUUCCAGUUUAGUUGUAAACAAGACAAUACAUUUACAUACUUAAUUAGAUAGGUAGAUACGCUAAAAUUAAAAUCCAAAACGUUUACUGAUUCACAGAAAAACAAAAAGAAAAAAAAACUAUACUUGUAAAUAGUUAUUUUUUAAUUGCAGGUACUAUAGUACUAAUUAUUUUUUACAUGCAUUUUGCAGGUAACUUAUUGGAUGCGGUACAAAACAAAUGUGCAAACUGUUCAGAAAAACAAAAACAGGGCUCCGAAAUAAUCAUUAAAUUCUUGUAUGAAAAGAAACCCGAUCUUUGGAUGCAGCUCGAAGAUAAAUAUGAUCCCAAGAAGAUAUACAGACAACAGUAUGUGGAAGAAGCGAAGAAAUUGAACAUUAAACUUUAGAUCAAAAUUGUUAUUGCAAAUUUAAUCAAUUAACAAUAAAAAUAGCAUUGUAGAAUUUGUUUUAUCAAAAUAAUUCAAUAAUAUUUUAUUAAAUACUAUUUAUUAGAAGAAUUAGUACUUACAAAAUUUCAUUAUAUCAAAAUGUAUAAAAUAAUAUUUAUGAACUUUAAAGAAAUCAAAUAUUAUAUUAUACGUAAUAUAUGAGCUGAUAAACAAAAUUGUUUUUUCUAACUU